AUGAUGACGUCACGGGAGAUUUCCGAUUUUCGUGAACAGACAUUAGAUGAUCUGAAAGAGUGGAAGUAUUUUUCUGAAGCUGCUUGGAAAGAAAUGACUAGCCUCACAAUUCGCAAAACUCGAAGUGUAAGUGGCAACGCUGGAAAUGCAGGAAACAGAUUCUGGACAAAAAGAUCUUACGACAAUUAUGCCCCAGCGCAGCAACAAGUCAACUCAUAUGCUAGAGUGAAUAGUUAUGCUACUGCUCCAGUGCUACAACAUCCAACACAACAGUUUGAUCAGUGCAACUGUGCUCAACGGGCUAAUAACUGUCCUCCGGGCCCUCAAGGUUCUAUUGGUUUUCCUGGCGCACCUGGAGAACCUGGUUCUCGUGGACUGGACGGACGCCCUGGAGCAAACGGAGUCGCUUUAACAGCAUACGAUCAAGAAAUUCCAGGAUGUAUUGUAUGUCCACAAGGACCACAAGGACCUCCGGGACCGACAGGCCAGGCUGGUCCACAAGGAGUUCCAGGACUUCCUGGAAAUCCAGGUUACAAUCCACCGCCAGGUCAACCAGGACCACCAGGACAAUGUGGAGAUAAGGGAAGGGAUGGACCGAGUGGAACACCUGGAAUCAAAGGAGCGCCCGGAGAAAACUCGAUUUGCCCGAUUUCUCUUCCUGGAAGGAAAGGCCCACCGGGGGCCCCUGGACAGUGUGGACCACCUGGACCACCUGGUUACACACCACCUCCAGGACCUCCGGGAGUACCGGGAGUACAAGGAGAGGAUGGGCUGAAUGGAGAGCCUGGGGAGCCAGGAGUUACAGGGUAUCCAGGUGUUCGUGGACCACCUGGUCAAGAUGCAGAAUACUGUCCAUGUCCACCAAAGAAUGCAGGUGUCAAUAGGCACAGUUAUGCUGAGCCGCCAGUUUCCACAAGCUAUGCAAUUUCACCUCAACAAAGUAGAUAUGUUACCGAAUACAACAAGGAAGAUGAAUAUCGGAAGAGAGUUCUGGCCAGAGUUCUCAAAAAACAAAGAAGACUACUGUUGGCGACAAGGGCUAAGAAUGUCCGAAGAAAACCUGUUAAUCUGAAUGUUACCAGCACAGUUUAA